UGGACGGGAAGGCGUGCGGUGAAACUUCCACUCAUCAUUAUUACGCGCGACUCCCAAAUGCGCAACGAGCGACCGCAGCCUCAGAUCAACUGAUGGGAACGAUCGUGCCACCUUAAAAGGCGACGGAACAACGUUUGACAGCUUCGGAGAGAUUACGUCGCAGUUCCCUAGCAGCAAAACAUAAUAUCAUCAUAAUGCUUGUGUCUGGAUACCCACAUAUCUUCACCUAACUCCACGGUUCAAGGUGAAAGUUCCCACGCGUUUAUUAUCCCAAAGGAAAAAACAACAACAACAACUUCAUUUGGCGCAGAGAGAUGGCCCUGUGGGGACUUUAUCUGCUCAAUCUCACAAUUUACGCUCUGUCAGAGGUCUUACUGGCCAGCAGCGACUGCUUGAUGGCCGGAGACUUGUGUUCGAGCGAUGACACCUGCAGCCCGCGCCUGCGCACACUGCGUCAGUGCGUGGCGGGCAACGGCAGCAUGAAGCUGGGCCCUGGGGCCAGGAGCCAGUGCGCCAACGCGGUGUCUGCACUGAUCUCCAGCCCUUUGAAUGGGUGCCAGUGUAAACGCGGCAUGAAGAAAGAAAAGAACUGCCUGAGCAUCUACUGGAGCCUUCACCAAUCCAUCAUUCACGGACUCAACUUGGUGGAGAGUUACCCUUAUGAGACCACGCAGAGGGAUUACGAUUACGUCCGUUUGGCCUCUAUCACAGCAGACUCUGAUAUUGGGACGGUAACUCUGAACCGCUGCUUGGAUGCAGCCAAGGCUUGUAAUGUGGACGACUUGUGCCAGAAGCUGCGCACAGAAUACGUCUCGGCCUGCAUCAAACCCACUGCCAAAUCAGGCCUGUGCAACCGGGUCAAAUGCAACAAGGCCCUGCGCAGAUUCUUUGACCGGGUCCCUGCAGACCACACGCACAAGCUGCUCUUUUGCCCCUGCACGGACACGGCCUGCGCAGAACGUCGAAGGCAGACCAUCGUUCCCAGCUGCUCUUAUGAAAGCGUGGAAAAGCCCAGCUGCAUUACGCAGAGGAGGAUCUGCGAGGCCGACUACGUGUGCAAGUCUCGUCUGGCACAAUUUCAAUAUGACUGCGAACCCUCUGAAGUGUCUACCAGUGGUUGCAAGCAAAGAAACUACGGUGCCUGCCUCCUCGCCUACACAGGACUCAUAGGAAGCACAAUCACGGCCAACUACGUCGACAACGCCACGUCCAGUGUGGCACCAUGGUGCACCUGCUUGGCCAGCGGCAACCAGAAACAAGAAUGUGAAGACUUGCUGGGCUACUUUACUGACAACAUCUGUCUGCAGAAUGCGCUCAGGGCAUUUGGAAGUGGAUUUGACCAGCAGCCAACGGCGGGUCAGUCCAAUACCCAAAGUCCCGCCCACCGCAGCAGAGAAAACAGGAGCAGUACUUCUUUGCCGGAAAGCACAGUAACCAGGCAGAGCAUUCUGGAUACAAAAAUACACACACAGGCCAUGGGAAAUGAACUCCAAGUGGGCCAGUCCUCCCUGCCGUCCAACAGCCUCGCAAAUGCGACGCCCCCUCUCAGGCUCCUGCCUCCAGCUGCCAUUAGCCUUCUGUUGUUUUGCUUGCUCGACAGUGGACACUAAAGACUGCAGGGGUGCGCUCCCUGUUGAAUGGAGGCAGUUCAUAAACUGUACAACUACUCCCGCUUCCGUCCUGUCUUGUACAGCAAUUCCGUUUCUAUUUUGUGUCUAGGUAGUAGGACCCUUAAAGGAAGCUGAUGUGUACAGUUGAACAAAGAGUCGUUGAUCGAGACAUGCCAAAAUUGAGUUAUGGCUUGAUUAAGCUCUCAGCUAUCCAGCGUCUCUACAGUACUGGUAUAUAUGUAUGCUACUCAGCUGAAGAUACAGUACCAACAGAAACUCUUAUUGUGAGUCAGUGUUUGGAGAGCUGCACACAGCCCUUUAACUGCACUCUCCUCAAAUGACUGCGAGAGGACCAUUCUUUCUAAUCAAUACUGGGAAAAAAGGGGGUGUGAGGGUGAGCUGGAGAGACAAUAGAGCAACAUUUUACUCCGACAUGGCCGACAGAUGCCCUGAUUCUUCAGUGUCCUGCAGCAGCGUCAAGCAGAGAGUGCAUAAGACAAACCUUGACACCACAAUCAUGCUCUCCAUCGCCGUUUGUCAAACUCUCACUUUAUUUGUUAGCUCUGGAGCUACAGUAUAAAACAUGCCCUCGCUAUUAAAAGGGAAUUAUUAGCCAAUUCCCCAAAGACAAUACCCUUAGACCUCUGGCUGCUAUACAGAAAGUAAUUGUGAGUGUAAUAACCUUCUAGUUUUCAUUGUGCAAGUGGACACUGCAAGAGCGGGGAAAAAGGAAGGUCUGGCUUAUUUAGUUUUGUCAACAUAAAUACAAAAACUGAGAUUUAACAGAUGUGAAAAGGUUCUAUUUAAUUAUUUUCUGUUCUGUGAAUUAAUUUCUCCAAGUAAAAACAUUUCCCAAGUUUCAUGUUCCUUUUAAAGCAUCUUUGAAUUCAAUGGAACACACAAAGACAAACACAAUCAAAACAAAUUUUGCCCUUGGAAAUACAACCCCUAUUCCAAUAAAGAUGGGACGUCGUGUUAAACAUAUAUAAAAACAGAAUACAAUGAUUUGCAAAUCAUGUUCAACAUAUAUUUCAUUGAAUACACUACGACAAGAUAUUUAAUGUUCAAACUUAUCAACUUUAUUGUUUUUAGCAAAUAAUCAUUAUAUUUUUUUUGGUUGCAACUUGUUCCAAAAAGCUGGGACAGGUGGCAAAAAAGAUGAGGGAAGUUGAGGAAUGGUCAUCAAACACCAGUUUGGAACAUCCCACAGGUGAACAGGCUAAUUGGGAACAGGUGGGUGCCGUGAUUGGGUAUAAAAGGAGCUUCCCUGAAUUGCUCACUCAUUCAAAAGCAAAGAUGGGGUGGGGUUCACCUCUUUGUGAACAAGUGCGUGAUAAAAUAGUCGAACAGUUUAAGGACAAUGUUCCCCAACGUACAAUUGCAAGGAAUUUUCGGGUUUUCAUCAUCUACGGUCCAUAAUAUCAAUAAAAGGUUCAGAGAAUCUGGAGAAAUCACUGCAUGUAAGUGGCAAGGCCGAAAACCAACAUUGAAUGCCCGUGACCUUCGAGCCCUCAGGCGGCACUGCAUCAAAAACCGACAUCAAUGUAUAAAGGAUAUCACCACAUGGGCUCAGGGACAUUUCAGAAAAACCAAUGUCAGUAAAUACAGUUCAGCGCUACAUCCAUAAGUGCAACUUGAAACCCUACUGUGCAAAGCAAAAGCCAUUUAUCAACAACGCCCAGAAACGGCGCCGGCUUCUCUGGGCCUGAGCUCAUCUAAGAUCGACUGAUGCAAAGUGGAAACGUGUUCUGUGGUCCGAUGAGUUCACAUUUCAAAUUGUUUUUGGAGAUUGUGGACGUCGUGUCCUCCGGGCCAAAGAGGAAAAGAACCAUCCAGACAGUUAUGGACGCAAAGUUCAAAAGCCUGCAUCUGUGAUGGUAUGGGGCUGUGUUAGUGGCAAUGGCAUGGGUAACUUACACAUCUGUGAAGGCACCAUUAAUGCUGAAAGGUACAUACAGGUUUUGGACAAACAUAUGCUGCCAUCCAAGCAACGUCUUUUUCAUGGACGCCCCUGCUUAUUUCAGCAAGACAAUGCCAAACCACAUUCUGCACGCGUUACAACAGCGUGGCUUCGUAGUAAAAGGGUGUGGGUACUAGACUGGCCUGCCUGCAGUCCAGACCUGUCUCCCAUUGAAAAUGUGUGGCACAUUAUGAAGCGUAAAAUACGACAACGGAGACCCCGGAUGUGUUGCAGCCAUAAAAUUCUUAGUUAAUGAUUAUUUGCUAAAAACAAUAAAGUUGAUAAGUUUGAACAUUAAAUAUCUUGUCUUUGUAGUGUAUUCAAUUAAAUAUAGGUUGAACAUGAUUUGCAAAUCAUUGUAUUCUGUUUUUAUUUAUGUUUAAAACAACGUCCCAACUUCAUUGGAUUUGGGGUUGUAAUAUAAAGUGAAAUCACUGUCACCUCUAUGUUUUUCAAGGAGAUACUCAACUGUCAUGCAAGUAUAAAAGAAGAAAAGCACUGUAAAAUACUAAAAUAAAGUAAAACUACCUGUUAAAGACAUAAUGAAGAGGGAGUAAGAAGGUGUUUUCAAGGUGAUGUUUUUUUUCCGGUAUCGCUAGAAUUAAAAGAUCACAUCUCUAGCUUGGUGGUAUUAAAUUAUAUACUCUACAUCAGGGAUGGGCAACUUAAAUGACAGAGGGGACAAAUAGGACUGCACACUUCCUAACCAGAUGUAUGACAAAAAUGGCAUUUUAAAUAUGGACAAAAUAUGUGAAUAGUAUGUUUUUUUUUUUUUUUUUUUUUUUUUACUGAAUCAAUGUACAAUACAUUAUCUUUAUGUAUUUCAUGCUCAAAUGCAUGUAAAAGAUCCACUCUUCAGUAACAAAGGGUUUGAAGCAAAAAACAAAAUAACCACCUAUUGUUACAACCCCCCUCCUCAGUGCAAAGGGUUCUCGUGCAUAGAAAUCAUCAUUCAAAGGUGGCACAAAACUUCUGAACAGCAAACCAAAAUUAUGUGCAAGAACUAAUUUUGUGCCUUUUUAUGACAAAAAUCAACUCACUCAAAGAUUUGAAUAUUACACUAUGUUUGUCCGACACGUCAUUCAAAAUCCCCAGAUUAGUUGGCCGGCUCACUCACAUGUAUAAUAAGGUGCCGUAUAGAGCAGGGAAGUUCACUCUUAUUUGUUGAAAGAGCCCUGGCAAAGCCGGUGCAUCUCCCCUGUCCUCCAUUGCGGCUCUGCCGCCUGUAACAACAACCUCUUUUCCAAGCCACCAUGCACAUUUCCAACACUAUUAUUGACAAUAGAGGACCAAUCAAAUCCUGUGAACAUUGGCACUUAUUCUAUAGUUCUGGAUUUACAAAUGAUCUCUGCAGAAAAAUAUUUCCCCACAAUAGACUCAGUGAUAAUUUUAGGCUUGUUUUCUGAUGAAAUAUUUGAUUUUCAGACAGAUUUUGGCUCACCCUCAUUGAACUACUAUGUAUUCUGUGGUGUAAUAUUUGCCUAUAUUGAAGGUCUGGAUGUUUUUUUUUUAGACAAUAACGAGCGAAAAGUUUUAAUAGGAUUUUUUUUUUUUUUUUUUUUAAAUCGAUCAUUGAAAUGCCUUCUAGAGAAGCCACGUCGUCCCACAUGAAGUAUGUGCUUGCAGAUUCAUUUCCGCAUAUAUAAACUGGUUGGUUUCGUUAGCUCAACUUUUGAAAAGAGUUCUGAUGGAUGACAGGUGUUUUUGUAGGUUAUAUGUUGGCACUGUGCGACACAGGCAGACUUGAUGUGCACUGCUGGCUGUCACGGUGGACACCUGCCAUCACGGCGUUGUGUUCGUACUAUUUUAUCAGGCUUACAAGUUUACACGAUGACGUUAAACAGGCGUUUAAUUUUGCCAUGCAUUAAAAACUACCACUUGUAUUAAUUCACUCCAGUCACACUCACUCCUCUUUUCACCGCCAUUCCUAUUUGUCAGCAAAGGCUC